GUAUGCACAACUUCAGGGGGAACGGAACGGUACGGGACGCCGGGAAACGUCAUUUGUUUUCACUUGUUUAUAUUCGGUCGCGAUACGAUACGAUCGUGCGAUCGAAGGGCACGUAUCUCGCACCAUGGGGAAGCGUACGAAUCGAUGCGUGUGCGUGACAUCAUCUCGUGGAGCAGCUGCUAUGUGAACGGAUCUAUGAGAGCUGCCAGCUUCCGAACGCAUACAUUUCGAUCGAUGGCAGACACGUGUGAAGUUUGCUCGUUCGUUUUCCCCGAAGUCCCCAUCGCCCCUGUUGGCAGACGAAGUAGACAAUUACAUGGUGAAUUUGAAGGUCGACGUUACGACAACGACGACGUCAGUAAACAAACAUAAGGAUGACGGAAGAUGAGAGGCAAAUUAGGAUGGCCGCUGAGGCCAUACUAAGUGGCUCGAUCAAUUCUCAGAGGAGUUCGGUCACCCAGCAUAGCAUAACGAGGACCCCGGAUAUCGUCCUCAGCGAAGACCUGAUCGCAGGGGCGAGGCAGAGCGGCAGAAUGUCGAAUGUCCGACGUUUCUUCUGCCUCUUCGUCACGUUUGAUCUCCUUCUCACAAUUCUGAUGUGGCUCAUUUGUACAAUGAUUGCUGGCGAGAGUCUGAGCACAGCUUUUGUAGAUCAGGUCAUACACUAUCAUAUAAAGACGUCUCUGUUUGACAUUGUGAUGGCAGCGAUUUGCAGGUUCACGGUCUUGUUGCUCUUUUAUGCGCUGCUGUAUCUCAAUCACUGGAUCAUUGUAGCUAUAUCGACUGCGGUAACAUGUGCCUUUUUAAUCGCCAAAGUUUUCCUUUUUGAGUGGACAUCAGCUAACCAACCAGUAUUCCAAGUUUUAUUGAUCGUGACGUCCUUUGUGUUAUCAUGGGCAGAAGCUUGGUUCUUCGACUUUCGCGUGAUACCUCAGGAAACACAAGCGAGAAAUUGGAUUCGAAACUUCCCAGAUACAGAAAGAUCCCCAUUACUACAAGCUAUCGCUACCGAGUCGCGGCAAUACGCAUCAGCCGCCGAUCACAUAAGUACCUUCUUCACGCCUAUGGACUCCCCGAAUCAUUCCGAUGACGAAGACACCUCCAGGAAGCAAGAAGGUCCGAGAAGGCUCUCAAAGUCUAGCGAAUUGUUUUUGUCUCUGACGAAACUCUCACCUGAACAGAUCGAUGAAUACAAGACGAAGGCGUCCACGGUAUUGCAAAGCUGUCACGAUUUAUUGACGUCGAAAGAAUGGAAGAUCGAAACCAGAUCGGAACACGGUGACGAGGUGUCCUACAUGCAGCUUCCCAAAGAGGGAAAGAUCAUGAAAGUUACGGCUGUCCUCGACGCACCUGCCGGCACACUGAUAGACUCAUUGUUUGACGAUUUCGAGCACUCGCCUCAGUGGAACAAUCUCGUGACGGAAGCCAUGAAGCUACAGAAUAUCGACGACGACACGGAUAUCGUUUACCAAAUGACAAGCUCGUACGGCGGCGGGCUGAUCACGGCGCGGGAUUUUAUUAUCUUGAGGCACCGCGAGAAGUGCGGUGAUUUUUAUAUCAGCGGCGGUAUAUCAAUUCCUAUGGCAUCGAUUCAGGUUCGCCCGAACGUGACUAGGGGUGAAAAUGGCGUAAGCUGUUUUGCAGCGGAGGUGUUGCACGAGGAAGCUGACAAGUGCCGCUUCACCUGCAUCUCGAACACGAACUUGAAAGGCUGGUUACCACAAACACUCGUAGAAAGGUCCAUGGCCUCUAGUCUAAUAGAGUUCAUGUCGUAUUUAAGGAAACAUAUAAAUGAUAUGCAGAAAUCGUUAGAUUAGUCUCGUAAAGUCUCCGAUGAGCCAUUGUCUAUCAUCUUCUCUUGACUUUGCUACGUCAGAGUGAGUAAUACCAAGAUUCUCAUCGUUAUCGUGAUGGUUUACGGGGGGGGAAUGAGCAUUGUGUUUCAACGGCUUGGAAAGCCAACAGUCUUUUUACGCGGAUUGCGUUGGAACUUCAGUUUGCGUGACGAACGUAUGAAAUGUGGUGCAAUAUCGCAGUUCGCGGUUCUCUAGUGAAAUCGUCCGAGAAUUUUCUUACGAAAAAAAAAACGCGGUUGAAAUGAUGACGUACGUAAGAUAGCUUACACACACACACACAUACAAUUUUACGAUCUGUAUCAACUCGCGUGUAUUCCAGCUGCAUCUGUGUGAGCGAAUUGUCAUUUCCGUCAGAUGAGCUUAGUAAAAAUGUUAUCGAUAACCGCCGAUGUCACUGAUGUAGAUGCCACAUUAUUCAUCUUAUUUUUCUACUUUAGGAAUGGGAAAAGAUAAGCCGCUCUUCCUCAUAGUUUUAUUCGCAAUCACACAUCACACACGGACAGAAUAUAUUACAUUUGUUGUUUUAAAAAUCGCGCGUGUAGCGACAGUUACGAGCUAUGUAUUACGUGCUUUUUGUAAGUGCCUACGAACGUUCGGUUGAGCGCAUCCUUCGACGUGUACAUAGUGUAUCUGAAAUAUAUAUUAUGACGUACGCGUGCGCUUGGCACGCGCGAGCCUGAGCACGCGAAAAAACAAGACGUAAUAUAUUUAAACAUGAAAAAAAUAUAUAUAUAUAUUAAUUUUUUAUUAUGUAUUACAUCAUUGAUGAUUUAUUCAAGCACUUGUCCCCGCUCUCUUCGAUCGCGCGACUCGCAUAAAAAAGCCUAACAUCGACUCGAUACUGUUUAAUAUAUUUGAAUUAAAUGAGGCAUGCGGAGUGAUGAAUGUCGAGUAGAUGUCUAAAGAUGGGUCCAGACAUGUGUCGUAUCACCGUAUCGUAUCAUGAUCGCGUAUCACGAUUAGCUUAGUGUGGACGGUGCGCCGUAUCACAUCUGCGUAUCGUAUCUGUGUAUCAAAAUAAUACGCAGAUACGAUACGACCAUGAUCCAUUCGAAGUCGGUAUUUCGCCGAAACAUCAAAGAAAUGAUGCGAGAUACGGAUACAGUCAGUGUGAACGCUCACCGAUCCUGAGAUCCUGACUCGAUUCAGUCGCGUUGCUUCGUCUAGCGAUCGCAAAGUUAUGGCUAAUCUUUUUUGAACAGGUAUUACUUUCCUAUAUGUGGUGUCUAUUUUGGAAAUCUGUUUCCCCACCAAAUUUAUCAGGUACUCAAACUCAAUGGGUGACAUUCUUGUGAAGUUUUUGUACUGUCCACUAACAGAUUGAAACUUUAAGUCGCGCAAUAAUUUUGGGCCACUGUAUACUCCGCGAUUCGCAAAAAUUCUUUUUAUCCACCACCGUCGUGAUUUCCUCGGUUUCUUCAAUAAAUAAUGAAGAAAAAUGUAAUUAACAGCAGCUAACUGUACAGACAUUGUCUCCACAGCAGGUUAACGUGGAACGAUACGUUAGAUGGAAAACUAAUAAAGAGAUACAGAUAAAUGAUACGGAUACGGAUUGAAAGCAAGGCCUCGGCGUAUCAUUAUAACUAACGUAUCCAUAUCAUGCAUGAUACGCGAUUAUGAUGCGAUACGAUGAUACGACACAUGUCUGGACCCACCUUUACGUGUGCACCCAAUCGAUUCCGUGUAUCAACAUAUUCGUGUAACUAAUAACAGUGCGUACAUUGUUGUUCCGCAUGUAUCGGUAUCAAGUGUGCUUCGCCCUCUCGAGACGAUAAGUGUACAUAAUUGCGCACGUUUAUUGCCAACAAGGACUCUUCUCGUGUUGAUUGACAUUAUGUGUGGGGUGUAUCGGCCGGCAGCAUUGAUACACUAGAAUAUCUGCACGGCAUUGGACUCUCCGUGAUUGUGCAAUUUUAUUAUCGGCGACGCGCGCUCUCUCUCUUCUCGGUGCAUUCGUACCAAGACUCCCGAGACGAAGCGGUAAAUGUUUAUGCGCGCGCUUCCAAGUUCAAGAAACUGUCGGCGCUGUUCGCGCUAUCACCGUAUACUUUUAAGCAAAUUUAAUCUUUUAACGCGUACGACCGACAUUAUGCAACUGCACCGGAGCAUGACAACAUGACGAGUGUUUUCAAGUGUGAGCACGUGUGUGUUGGUAGGGAGAGGAUAAUGCGACAGAUCAUAGGGUGCUGAUGUUUAUCGACAUUUACGCAUCGUCGUAUUCGCGUUGUGAAAGCAGAUAAUAAAUAAGAGAACUUGGCCUAUUUUGUCAUAAACAUGUACACGAGAUAUCAAUGCCCCGAGUUGCACUUUUGGUGUUAAUUAAAAAUGUGUUGCAAAAAUCUGAGAUAACACUGCACGUGACCUUACGUGCAAAUAAAACUUGGAAAUCGGAGAAUUAUUAUAUAUUUAAUGAUAAAUCGGUACGAGUAAAAAUGUAAAGAUCGAAAGUUUAAUUAGCAGUUUAAACGAUUCGUUGCAUUAUUUCGAAUUAUCAGUGCGGUUAGCAAAUUAAUUUUAAAUAUCGCACAUGUAUAUAUAAAAUAUAGCCACAUGAAGUAUUAAUGAGCCGUUAUGAAAUCCAUAACAUUACGAUAAUAUUAUUUUUAAGCUACUCGGUAUGAAAAUAUACAUGACAUACUUUUUUCGGUUUCCGUAUACACGUCUGUAUGAUAAAAUAACGUUUCCCCGUUUCUGCAUUUCCGUGAAUUUGGAUGCAUGCAUUGUAUUAUAAUUGGCAAAUGACUAUCAGUUUUUAAUACGUAUGACUCCUUGACUGUAUCAUAGUCAAAGGUAUGACUGUGUCGCAAAGCGAGAAAGAAAACUGGGCGAAAUCCCGUUGUAUGCUACGCACAUAUAUUAUAAUAAACAUUCUGUAAAAACAACAAGUAUAAAUACUACUUCGUUUUAUAUGUUUGUAAUACUGUAAACAUCGAAAUAGAAGUCUACAUCAUCCGUCGUUUAUCGUCGUUUACGUGUUGCGCAAUACACUGCUGCAAUUCCAUUCGGGAGACGCCUGCGUGAUUCUAUACUGUGUUAAUUAGAUUAAUGAUGACGUUUAGGUAGGAUACAAUAAGGAUCUUAGAAUAAUCAAAGGUGAUUUUAUAAAUCCGACCCCUGGCUUCGGAUGUAAAGAUAUAUUCUAGCCUGUUAGAUAAAUAAACGCGAAGUAAGAUUGUA